AUGAUAAAAGUAAAUGAACGUAAAACUUUACAAGAAGAAGGCAAUCAAAUUACUAAAAAUAUACUGACAUUAAAAGUUUAGAAAUAAAUAUUACAUUAAUGUUCAUUAGUGAAGAUAGGCUUUUCGUUUAGAAUAUCUCCAAUCAUUUGUGAUUUUUAUUAUUGAUAGUAAAAAAUUUAAAUUAUUAAAGAAAUAACAUAAAAUAAGUUAAAAACUAUUUAUAACUGUUUCAAACAAAUAAGGAUUUUUAUUAAUUAUUAUUUUAGGGUGUUGA